CGAUGUUACUUUAUGCUACUUUCCAUUACCGCUAACACAGCUUGCCAACGGGCGCUGGGCGAGACAGAAUGCGACUUUCGGUGAAAGUAUGGCAUCAAAACCCGUGAAUACCUGUGCCAUUCGUGUGUUUAACCGGUUGUCGUUUGGCCGCAGCUUUAGAGUUCUUCAUUAGUGAUAUCAGAGUGACGGACAAUGCUAGCUAGUUAGCCCGGCGUUAUUGCUAGCUGGCUAAGGAAGUUAGCCAGUUAGCUAGCAAGCCGCGUCAGCUUGCCGGAGGCUGAUAUCUUGUUUCGCGCAUUUAGAGCCUGUUCGCCGACCUCUGGUACAGUUAAACCAGCACCGAAACGAAAACACUAGAUUGCGACUUCACCAAUGUCGAAUGUAAAAGACUGAAACUUCUUUACACCGCUUUUAAAAUGAGGAUUCAACUGUGUUUCUCCUGACCGGCUGGAUUUCUACAAACGCUGCUCUUUUGUUUUGACAAAGGAAGACGACCUGAGUUUCUUUCUUUUUUUUUUUUUCUUCAUCUCUGAUUUCUUUACACCACUUCACAUCUGAUUGUAGGUCAGCUACUUUGACCAUUUUUUUCGGACAAUGGCUCCACAGAAGCACAGCUCUUCAGGUGGAAGCCACCCGGUGGGUUUUGGUUCUGGAGGAAAAGCCAACGGCUUGUACCAGUCGUCCUCUGCGAUGGCUGCAGCCAAGAAGCCCAACCUGCAGCUCAUUCAAGCCGACCACGAGUUGUUCCUGCAGGCCUUCGAGAAACCGACCCAAAUCUACAGGUUCCUCCGCACCAGGAACUUGAUCGCUCCUAUAUUCUUGCACAGGACACUCACCUACAUGUCCCACAGAAACUCAAGGAGUAACUCCAAAAGGAAAAGCUCCAAGGUCGACAAUCUGUUGUUCAAAGUGGAAAAGAUGAGAGGCGAACAGGAGACUCACAGUUUGGCCUCCAACCUGCAGCUCACCUUUACUGGCUUCUUUCAUAAAGCUGGGAAGCCGUCUCAGGACUGUGAGAACGAGCAGAACUCGGUGUCUCUGGAGGUGCUGCUGGUCAAAGUCUGUCACAAGAAGAGGAAGGAUGUGAGCUGUCCGGUGAAGCAGGUCCCCACAGGGAAGAAGCAGGUUCCUCUGAACCCAGACACGGGCGCUGGAGUCCAGGCCAAGCCGGGCUCCGUCCCCUCCCUGCUGGUCCCCAGCAGCGAGUUCGAACCCAGCAACUCUCACAUGGUCAAGUCUUACUCGCUGCUGUUCAGAGUGUCGAGGCCCGGAUACCCCCGAACACAGAUCAACGGCCUGACCAACGGAGAGAAUCACCACAGCAGAGAUUUUACAGAGGAAGUGGUAAACAGGAAGAGGAGGAGCUCCUCUAUCAGGGAGGAGGGAGAAACCACAUUUGUGGCUCAGAUGACAGUCUUUGAUAAAAACAGACGUCUGCAGCUGUUGGACGGGGAGUAUGAGGUGUCUAUGCAAGAGAUGGAGGAGUGUCCCGUCAAUAAGAAGAGGGCGACCUGGGAGACCAUCCUGGACGGAAAGUGUUUGCCUCCGUUUGAGACUUUCUCUCAGGGCCCCACCCUUCAGUUCACCCUGCGCUGGACCACUGACUCGUCCGAUCGCUCCACUGCACCCGUGGCCAAACCUCUGGCCACCCGCAACUCUGAGACCAACCAGGAGCCCAGACCCAGCACCCUGAGAGCCACGCACACGCUGGGUGAGCACACACUCGGCAUGUUGGAUCAUUCAGUCAGUGGUGAAACAGUUUUUGAUGGUGUUUUUCUCGUCCGUGCUGCAGCUGUUAAAGAAUCCAUAAGUAAUGAGAUGCAAACCAGAAGAGAACAAAUCUCAGCUGAGCCGCGACAGAAGCUACGGAUCUUCUACCAGUUCCAGUACAACAACAACACGCGGCAGCAGACGGAGGCCAGAGACGACCUCCACUGUCCCUGGUGCACGCUGAACUGCAGGAAGCUCUACAGUCUGAUCAAACACCUCAAACUGUCCCACUCCCGCUUCAUCUUCAACUACGUGCCUCAUCCUAAAGGAGCGAAGAUCGAGGUCUCCAUUAACGACAGUUACGAUGGUUCGUAUGCAGGAAACCCGCAGGACAUCCACAACCAGCCGGGCUUCGCCUUCAGCAGGAACGGUCCGGUCAAGAGGACCGCCGUCACUCACGUUCUCACCUGCAGACCCAAGAGGACGAAGGCGAGUCUGUCUGAGUUUCUGGAGUCUGAGGACGGCGAUCGGGAGCAGCAGAGGACGUACAUCAGCGGACACAACCGCCUUUACUUCCACAGCGACAGCUGCGUGCCGCUCCGGCCGCAGGAGAUGGAGGUGGACAGCGAGGAUGAGAGGGACCCGGACUGGCUCAAAGAGAAGACCGCCAAGCAAAUUGAGGAUUUCACCGACGUCAACGAGGGCGAGAAGGAGAUCAUGAAGCUGUGGAACCUCCACGUCAUGAAGCGCGGCUUCAUUGCUGACAACCAGAUGAAUGAAGCCUGCCUGCUGUUUGCCGAACACAACGCCGCCCACAUCGUCAAACACAACCUCUUCCGCAACUUCCUGCUGCACCUGAUCAGCAUGCACGACUUCAACCUGAUCACCACUCAGACCAUCGACCAGGCCAUGGCCCGACUCCGCCUCACGCAGAGCCAGACCAAUCAGAGAGACAGAGAGGAUGAGGAAGAGGAAGAAGAAGAGGAGGACUGGGAGACGGCCGUGGAGUCCCAGCCGGAGCCGGAUCCAGAUCCAGAUCUCGAUCCGUCCGAGUAUAAACCCUGUAGUGACGAGACUAGCAGCGGCUCUCAGGAGAACGGGAACCAGCAGCAGCAGCAGCAGCAGCAGCAGCAGCAGAAACUCUCCAACAAUGGAUCCGUUUUAAACUGACUGUCAAUCUGCGAGACGGAGAUCCACAAACUGGACGAGUGGUUUCAACAAAACGGAGAAUCAAACAGGUGCUCACACACACAGGUUACUGCAGGGAUUAUGUUUUCAGAAACAAAAUGAAGAGAUUCCUCAGAGACGUUGAUCAUUUCAUUACUUGGAACAGUGAGAACUUGAAGCCGAUAAUCAUCGUUAUUGUCUUGUUAUUCUGUGUCAUGUGACCUGACAGACGCUGUAGAUGUAACAGGGUUCUCGCUCUCAGUCAGUCACCCGCCUUCAUCCUUCUUCCCAUCAUGUUCAACCCAAAACUUCUAUUAACGAAACUAUGGAGCGAGCACAGAACGGAUUCAGUUAACGUUACAGAGCUCAGCCGUGACUGCUCACUUUUUCAAUGGCUGACACUUCAUGGAGAAAUUCACCAGACUCCCUUAAAAGAACGCUCAAUUUAGUGAGUUGUUGAGUUCGGACAAACUAUAUAGACAUUGUGCAACACCGUCUCUGACGAGAUCUCAACUAUUUGGGCCUUCUCAUAAAUUCGGCAAACGUUCUAUAUAAAGUUCUUUCUUUUUUGGGUAAAAAAAAAACAUUGUUUGUCCCAGUGGUGUAUGUGGAAGGAAGGGAGAUCUGAUCAUUUUGUGCUCGCUCUGCAGUUCAGUUAACAAACUGUGAUCGUGUCUUCUGUCUUCCUCCGUGUGAAGAGCCAAUCAGUGACCUUCCACACGUGUCUGAUAAGGUCUGAACUGAAGCUGCUGCAGCUUCACACUCUUACUCUCUCCAUCUGAUCACCAGUAUAUAAUGAUAUUUAUUAUAUUAUUCAUUUUUGUAAAGGACCUGAAUCCUUCGAUGGCUCAUGUCAGAUGUUUACACACGCAGACAAAUCAGGAGGAUUCACCCGGGACACUUCCUGAGCCUCCACACUCACUUCCAGUGCAGUUUCUACUGCUGGUGCUACGUCUUUUUACUCCUCAGAAACACUCGGUGAUCAUCAGAUGCAUCUCGGCUCCUUCCUUCCCUUCCUCACAGCGACCUCUACUGCCAGCGCUCACAAACGCCUUCACAAGAUGUGGCGUUGGUGCUUUAAACAGACUCGAUGUAUUCCUCCUCCUUACUGAAAUCCACGAUUCAAGGCAGAGCAGAAGAGUUGUAUCCUCUGAGUUCAGUCCGUGUCCGAGCCAGUCGUUCAGUCCUCACAAAGCCUCCUUUAAACUCAACCCGUUAGAGAACUGUUGCUUCAGGUGCUCGUUCCAGUUUGUGAAUUUGCUGCUUUUGUGUCUCCAUUAUGAGCUGAAUCCUUUCAGUCUGACACGAGGGCUCCGGACUCCUAAUUGAUCAACUUUAAUCAUUAAUUGACAAAAUGAUAAUUAAAGAGAAUGAACAGUCGCAGCCCACCGCCAACUAGACUGAAGCAUCAUAUUCAAGCUGGUUUAGUCUAUUUUUUUCCCCGUGGCUGCACCUGCCGUUAAGUACAUAAGACUGAAUAUAUGUGUAAUAAAUUAGCGUUGGAGUUAUGAUUGUUCGGAAACCUGACAGCCGCCCGGCAGGUUUAGUAGUUUCUUAGUUUACAGACCAAAGGGGGGGGAUACAGUUUCUGCAGAUUUCUCCGCUCUUGUUUCUCGUCUCCUGUGAAAACCUUUUGUUUUUAAAAAUGAAAAAAAAGAACAAAAACCUGAAAAUCACUGCCUCAAAAUGAAGAAAACAAAACAAAUGUUUUAGAGGUUUGAUGACAGUUAUUCAGAUUUGUUUGACUCUGCUCGUGCAAAGCUUUACAUCAGUCAGAAGUGUGACGCUGAUCCAAAUCCAGCACCUACAGAUCUGGUUUGAGUCGUCUGCAGGUUUUUCUUGUUUUCUUUGUUCAUUCACACGAGACCAGCAGCAUUUUGCACAGGAUGGGAGGAGCCAUGUCAAGAAAACAAGACUUUUUCUUCAACAAUGUAUGUUAACAAACCAGCGUAACGUUGUGAACAUUUAUGUGGAGUCAAAAUGGUUUUCUAUUAAAAGAACAAUUUUGUACUAUUAAACAG